AAUAUUUUUUGGCUACAUUGGAGUGUUAUUUGUAAACAAAACUGGAGAGUCGAGAAAUCUUUGAAAGAAGUUAAACGAAUGCAACGAUUGUCAAAUUAUUUGCAAAUCGGUUUUUUAAAUACGUUGAAGUAAAGUAUUAUUAAUUCAUUUGUGCUUACAUUGUGGAAGAGUGGUUGCGUAAAAUAAUCUGAAUUCUCACGCUAAUACUCUGUAAUAAAGGUUGAAUUGCAUAUCUAUAACAAAACAUGUCUGAAAUAAAGAAGGAAAGUAAAUCUGUCGAAACUCAAAAUAAUGUAACGACGGAUAUAGUCAAAUUGGAUGAGGAGCAAAUAAAAAUCAAUAACAAAUUGAAGGAGCGCUUGAGAAAGUACAUAAAAAAGCUUGAUGAUACUGGCACCAGUACUACAAAAGAAGAAAGCGAAAAGAUAGAACUAGACACCUUCAAACAAUUGUACAAGCCUAAAAUAGAUGGAAAUGAAGCCUCAUACAAGAAAAUACCAAAAUUCUAUUUCAAACUGCCAAGAUCUGAUGAUGUCCUCUCACAGAAACUAAGGGAGGAAACGAGAGCUCAAUUUUUACAGAAGAAAAGCAAGGAAUUACUGGAUAACAGUGAGCUGAAGCAUCUGUGGAGUCUGCUGGAGAAGUCUAAUGGAUGCUACAGUAUGGCCAGCAGUGACGAGCUGACAAUUGAUUAUUUGCAGUUCAGGAAAGUUCGCGAUGAGGCUGGACCUAAGUAUCGACCAUACUUCACAGCGGAAGUAUUUGGAAGGCUGCAAGCCGCAGAAGGUGGGGUGGGUCGCGUGAGAGGCGUGUCUCUGUUCAAUUACGUGAUGAGGAGGGUGUGGCUUCAGCAGACAAGGAUCGGCCUUUCCUUGUAUGAUGUGACGGGACAGGGCUAUUUAACAGAGCAUGAUCUCGAAAGCUAUAUAGCAGAAUUGGUACCGUCGCUAGCGGCACUAGAUGGUCUGGACUCCUCCUUCACGUCGUUCUACGUGUGCACGGCGGCGAGGAAGUUCCUCUUCUUUCUAGAUCCCCUCAGGGUGGGCAGGGUGAGAAUAAGGGAUGUGCUCUCCUGUUCAUUUUUGGACGAUUUAUUGGAGCUUCGGGAAGAAGAUCUACCAAUGGAACUGCAAGAACAGAACUGGUUCAGUGCAGCAUCAGCUCUGAGAGUCUACGGGCAGUACCUUAAUCUCGACAGAGAUCAUAACGGGAUGCUGAGCAUAAAUGAAUUGGCAGGGUAUGGAUCAGGAACAUUGACGCGAGCGUUCCUACAACGUGUAUUUCAGCAAUGUCUCACGUACGACGGGGAAAUGGACUAUAAGACAUAUCUAGAUCUAGUGUUAGCGCUGGAGAACAGGCGCCAGCCGGCCGCGCUCGCUUAUCUGUUCAGGGUCUUGGAUAUAAACUCACAGGGGUAUUUGGACGCGUUUACGCUGAAUUAUUUCUUUAAGGCAAUACAAGAGCAAAUGAUAGCCCACGGCGCGGAACCGGUCAACUUCGACGACGUUAAAGACGAAAUCUUCGACAUGAUCCGUCCAGAACACCCAUCUCGUAUCACCCUCCAGGACCUGAUCCGGAGUGGGCAGGGCCACACGGCCGUGUCCAUACUGCUGGAACUGCACGGCUUCUGGGCGUACGAGAAUAGGGAGGCGCUGGCCGCUGCUGGGGACCAUUCGUGAAUGUUCUGGAAGGCUCUGGAGUGUUCUGGAACUCUUAGGGUAAUAGUGUGUUUGGAAAGAUUGUGGAAAGUUGUGGAAUAUACUGGAAAGUCCUGGUGUGUUGCGGAAAGUUGUGAAAUGUUCUGGAAUGAUCAGCAUGCAAUGGCGUGGUAGUUAGAUUGAGAUUGUUCUAGAAGUUUAUAUGGACUUUUAUAUUCUAUUGAAUACUGUGGAUUAUAAUUCAAAAUAUGAUUUUGGAGAUCUAAGGAAUUUAUCUAGAAUUUUCUGCCUUUAAAAAUAUUCAAUAUUUAUGGGAUUGUUGUAGAAAUUUCGAUAAUGUAACAUCUCAGUGGUAUAAAUGAAUAUGAAAAUAUUGCAGAGUUGAGCAUUUUUCUCAAGAUUUGUCUAGAAUUCACUUAGUAUUUGUUCUUUCUAAUGAUUAAGUUUGAGAAAUGUCUACUUUAUAUUAUACCAGUGUCGCUAUUUCAAGAUUGAAAUUAAAUGACGAUAUACGAUGUACUUAUUUACAUUUUUAUACCGUUCAGAUAACUGUGACCUCUUUUUUAUAUUAAUAAAAAAAAAUGG